CCACGACAAACGUGUGUCAUUUGUAGCCUGUUCUUAAAUUUUGCCCCCACAAAACAGAAUAAAUGCCUCUUCAAAAUAAAGUGCCAUUUCUCUUCUUCUCUCCAGCUGAUGCUGGUGUCGGUACUGAGCUGCCUGUUUGAGUCCCUCAGUCAGAUCCUCAGGAAAAAUGUUGAGCGGAGGUGUUUACUGGACAACAUGGAGGGAGUGUUCCUGAUUGUGGACGAAAUCAUCGAUGGCGGGGUGAUUCUGGAGAGCGACCCCCAGCUGGUCCUACAGAAGGUCAACUACAGGGCGGAUGAAAACCCAUUGUCUGAACAAAGCGUGGCCCAGCACAUAACAGAGAAGCUGGCGCUGACCACUAACGUUCUGCAGUCAGCCAAGGAGCAGAUCAAAUGGUCCAUACUGAAAUGACUCGGACCAGACACAUUUAGGAUUGUCAAGAAAGCUUUAGUCCCAAAGAGUUUUAGUCCCAAAGGUUAUUGUUUUAUAGGAGAAGGCUUAAGGGAAUGUCGUUACGAGCCUGCCAUGCUGCUUCAUGUAGCAGUUAAGCAGCCGGUAAUCGGGUUAUCUUUCUUGUGUGAUGGCAUUUUGUUACAUUGUGUGUGACAUGUAAUUAAGUUAUUUGCUUUGGGAGCGAUGUCGGCUCAUAUUCAUGCAGGUUUCUUGUUUAACCGGCCAAAUGACAUCAGGGAACAGAAGGAGAUGUGGAGACUCGGGUCUCAAGUUAUUAAGCACCAAGCUAAUCAAUGAGAAUCCUGGACGCCUGAUUAGUGAUCACUGAUCUAUUGGUUGAGCAGGAUCUACUCAAAGCACUUCAUUUGGGAUGUAUUUCAGCUGUUUUGCAUAUUGCUGAUGUGUACAAUUUACACUGUUUUAUAAAUAAAGCCCCCCCCCUCCUCCAAAGCACUAAAAACUAAAAAAGUUACAUGAAAUGUUACAUAUGCUAAUCAUUUUUGAAUCAAUCUCAAGGAUAAUCUGGACAAUAAGAAUAGGCACGGAUUAUCAGAUACACACACACACACACGGUAUUUCUCAGUUUAAUUAAGUGUAUUGUUUGGACUGUGCUCCUUAAAUAACACAUUCAGCUGAUUAAAAAAGAACGUAACGAGUGUGAGAGGGAAUCUCACUGUCGGUAUAAACAACAUAUUAUCCUUUCAGUGGAAUUCUCUCAUGAAGUUAAAUUAAUAUUUGUACAUAUAAUUCAUCUUAAAGGGACCUUGACGAUUAUAAAAAAGAUUAUAUAUGGGAUAAUGUCUAUUUUCUGAGACUUCAAAAUGUUAAUAAAUAUUCAAUAUUUUCUUAGUUGAGAAGAAAAAAGAAGCCAAAGACAUUUUGUUACAUUUGGAUGUUGAAACCUUUUGUCUGAUGUUGUCUGUCUGUUUGUGACAUUUAAUGGAGAAUAAAAGAAUAAUUUAUUCUUUAUGUAUCGUUCUGUUGGUAGUGUUAACAUUUUUUUUUUAAAUUAAUUUAUGCUUAAUCCAAAACACUAAUGUCUAGAAUACAAUUUAUUGUCCCCUUUGUGCGCCCAUUAUCCAAUCAGGAGUCAGAUCUACGACCCUGAUGAAUAUCAAUGAGCUCUACACACGCAGCUCAAUGUCGUGGGCGUGGUCAGGGAUGUUAUUGGUAGAAACUAUGCGACGUCAGGAGACACGUGCCUGUACUCCCCCAGCCAAUGGUUCGUUCUGGUUUUCCUGCGGAGUAAUGUGAUUAGUUGGCUACAAAUAAAGAUUAUUAAGGAUCCGUUUGUCGAACUAAAUACCUCACUAUUAAUGCAUACAUUAUUUUGACUGACUCCGUAAUAAAAUAGAAGUAAGUCUCGAAAUAAUUCAUUUAAAAGACCUAUUGUUUCAAUUGUACAUUUCGAUAUUCUAACGGUAAAAAUGAAUAGUUCCAAUCAACCCAUUAACAGGUCAGCAGAUAGCGUUGAUUAAAGCCAGUGAGGCAGUCAAGGGAAUGGUUUAUGGAUGCAGGAUGUUUAUUCAUGAUGCCUGAUCACUUUCAUAGAAAUGUAUCGUUUGCUUUUACAGCAUGUGUGGUUUAUUUCUGAGGCAUGAGGCUCUUUAUUCCAUGUUCAGCGUGGAUGUGGGAAGUUUAAGCCUACACAUUUGGUAGAAAAAUAAGUAAUUAAUGAAUAAAGUAUACAGUUGUGUGAAAAAGUG